GCGCACGUAUCGUUGGCUCCGCCUAGGGUUUUAGCCCCUCCCUCACCACCCCCGCCCCACCUCGCGCCGCACCCUCACAAAUCCCCUCCGCAAACCCAAUCCCCUCCCCUCCCCCCAUCCCUCCCGCCGGGCGACGAGCGGCGGCCGGCGCCCAGGGCCCGAGAUGGACAGGUACCAGAGGGUGGAGCGGCCGCGGCCCGAGUCGGCCAUCGCCGAGAACGAGAUCCGAAUCACCGCCCAGGGGCUUAUCCGCAACUAUGUCUCCUACGCCACGUCCCUCCUCCAGGACCGGAAGAUUAAAGAGAUUGUUCUGAAAGCCAUGGGACAGGCAAUCAGUAAGUCUGUUGCUGUCACAGAGAUUAUCAAGAAAAGAGUCCCGGGGUUGUACCAAGAUACUAACAUCAGCUCUGUCAGCAUAACUGAUGUCUGGGAACCUAUUGAAGAAGGCCUUGUCCCACUGGAGAUGACUCGCCAUGUUUCAAUGAUUUCAAUUACUUUGUCUCCAGUAGAUUUGGACCAAAAUUCCCCAGGGUAUCAAAGCCCGGCUUAUGUUGACCAGCCCAGGCAACAGCAGCGCCUCCAGCAGGCACCAGCACCGCUGCGUCAACCUCGCCAACAACCAUCUGAUUAUGACGACUCCUAUGUGAGGGGUCGUGGCAGAGGAAGGGGCCGUGGACGUGGUAGGGGUUGGGGUAGAGGAGGUUAUGGCGGAUAUGGAAACAACCAAGGUGGGUACAACCAAGGUGGGUACAAUCAAGGUGGAUACAAUCAAGGCGGGUACAACCAAGAUGGUGGGUACUAUGAUAAUCAAGGCGGAUACAACCAAGAUGGUGGGUACUAUGAUAAUCAAGGUGGGUAUGGCGGUGGAUAUGGCUACAACCAAGGCCGACAAGGAAACUACCAAGAAAAUGGUGGAUAUAACCGAGGACGGGGUGGCAUGCGUGGAAGAGGCAAUUGGAGUUACCGCGGGGGAUAUGAGCGCGGCAGGGGUGGCGGUGCUCCAGGUGCGAGGGGAUAUGAAGGUGGAAGGGGAUAUGACCAAGCUCCUGCUGGAAGGGGCUACGGAGGUGGAAGGGGAUAUGAAGGCGGAAGGGGAUAUGACCAAGCCCCUGCUGGAAGGGGAUACGAAGGCGGAAGGGGAUAUGACCAAGCUCCUGCUGGGAGGGGGGGAUACGAGGGCGGAAGGGGGUAUGGAAGGGCACGGGGAAGAAUGGCUCGUGGGCGAGGGUACUGAGCAAAGGCAGAAUUUCCAUGGGCUUCUGGUUCUAUUUAAGUGCAUGCUUUAUAAUAUCAGGGGAAAGGUGAGUUAUCCAAGGAUUUUCUGUUGGAAGCUGUACGUUCGUGUGGGUGUUAGUUGUUUCCCCUGAGCGCGAUGUUUGGUUGUGAGCACAAUGCUUUUCCCAAGUUUAUCCUGCAAUCAUCUUUCAAUGUUGCUGUUGGCGAGGUUUGCUGUUUUUCCCAAUGGUCGAUGAAUGCUGAGCAUGCAGCUCUAUGUUCAUGCCCGUCGUGUUAUCUGAUGGAACUGUUACCUUGUUUAUUCUAUUUGUGCAGUUCUUUGGCCAUGAUUAUCGAAACUAUUAUUUGGAUGUGAAA